AUGCACUCCAUCACCCUCGCCAUAUGGGUGAUCAACCUCAUCCGCUUUUGCAUCAGUACUCCUCUCGUCCCAGAUGUUUCAGAACCGAAGGCUACUAUGAGGUUUUGCGGUAUGCUCGGCGGUCAUAAAGUUAAUCUUACAGGUACAAUCGAAGAUAUAUACGCACAAGCUAAAUUACUUCAUCCGGACAUCGAUAUUGAAUCUCAAAUCCUUCUCAACGCUGAGACAUACGAGUCCUCUGAAUCCAACACGAAAAGAACAGAAAAUAAACCAGGAUUAUGCAACCACUUAAUUGGCCAUCCUUGGAAUGCAGCAGACGUCAACCAGCUCAAACAGGGCAUGGACCAGCUGCGACUCCCAGACGCCAAGUGCGAAGUUAAAGGUCAGACCUGCACUGAGGUUUCUUGUGUGGGCAUGGCUGAGAUAGUUUUGUGUUCCGAAAAGGAUGAUCCGAUGACCAUUCCUUGUUCUACUAUCGCAGAUUACGUGGGGGAUAUCAUUGAACAGUGUACAGUUCAUCCUAACGGUGUGACAGUGGCUAGUGGACAGAUGUUUGAUACAGAUGGAUGGAAUGUUGUAGCGAAACGGUUUCCAGGCAAGGGACGGAAACACCAGAAAUGUUAA